CCUACUCCUCCCAAAACACCACUCAUUGGCCCUGCUGCAUCGGGUCUGCUGGGCACUGUUUCCACCCAGCUUCUGAGCUGCUGCCUCAUGGGCUGUCAGGGAUGGGCGUCCCAUCCCGGGGGCUUUGCCUGACGGGGAUGGGCCAGGGUGGAAUGGGGAUUCUGGGAGUGCUACUGGGGGUGCUGAGCUUCCUGAGGGCUGUUCUGGGGGCCUCUUCCACCCUCCACUGGUACAACACCUCCUGUCACUUGGCCAGGCCCACCCCUGGCAGCCCCUUGGGGUCCCUAAGCUUCCUGGGCACAGAUGCCCAAGGACUGGCCCUGUUCCAUGCCCACUGGGAUGGGCACGGGAGGCCGCAGACAUGUAGCCGGCAGGACGAGCCAGAGCUCACCGCAGCUUUCAGGGCCCUCUGUGCCGGCGAGAUCACUCAGGGCUUCUUCAUCCACACCCCUGGCCCUGAGCUGCAGAGAGCCCUGGCCACCCUCCGGAGUCGGUGGGCGGCCUGCCGACCGACUGAGGGGAGUGCAGCAGGAGCGAGGGCGAAGCGAGCAGCAGGGCAGAGCGGAACGUCGCGGGUAGCGCGCCAGCGCGGGAAGAGAGGCUGGACCAUGCCCGGCACGCUGUGGUGCGGGGUCGGCGACUCCGCCGGGAACUCCACGGAGCUGGGGGUCUUCCGGGGCCCUGAUCUCUGCUGCCGGGAACACGACCGCUGCCCACACACCAUCUCGCCUUUUCAGUACGACUAUGGCAUCCGAAACUACCGAUUCCACACCAUCUCUCACUGUGACUGUGAUGCCAGGUUCCGGCAAUGCCUGCAGAAGCAGCGGGAUUCCAUCUCGGAUAUCGUGGGCGUGGCUUUCUUCAAUGUGCUGGAGAUCCCCUGCUUUGUGCUGGAGGAGCAGGAGGCCUGUGUGGCCUGGUACUGGUGGGGCGGGUGUAGAAUGUAUGGCUCCAUACCCUUCGCCCGCCUCCAGCCCAAGACCCCCUACAAUGCCUCCUGGAGCUCCCCAGCCAUCCCUCUGACUCCUAACCCCCAGAGUCCAGCUCCCAGCAAGUCACAACAGAAGCAGCACCCUCAGAAGUGGCCACCACAGCAAGAAGGGUCCCAGCACCCCAGCAAAGACAAUGCCACAGCCCUCCGGGCCACCAUGACCUCCCCUAUGCCUGAUGUGGCUCCCACAACUAGGCUGGAUGUCAUCCAUUCAGGCCUUCAGGGGCCACAAGGUGUCCUAAAACCUCAGGGCACCCGCCAGGCCUGCCAAGGCUUUCGCCACCUGGACCAGUGUGAAUAUCAAAUUGGGCCCCAGGAGACCAAGUUCCAGCUGCUCAAUGGCGCUCCAGAGCCCCUCUUCCUCUGCAGCUGCACGCACCGACUAGCACGAUUCCUGAGGCACCACAGCCCACCCACAGGUGCCAACGUGCUUUUGGACCUGCUGGGCACCACCUGCUUCAAGCUGGCCCCUCCACUGGACUGUGCUGAGAGCAAAGAUUGUUCCAGGGGCCCUAGGGCCAUCAAGGUGUCAGCUCGGCACUUGUGGCGACUUCGGCAGAGGACACUCUGGAGUACAGGCAGAAAUGAGGGGCAGGCAUGGCCUUCGAAGCACCUGAGGACCCCCAUGUCAUUCUAUGACUGGUGCCUGCGACUGACCGAGGUGGCUGGAGGACCCAAAGAGCAGCAGAAAUCCUGGAACCAGUGACCUCAGUUCCAGCUUUCAUGAGCACCAGAGUGGACCUUGCCCUUGGCUUUGCUAGGCCCUGGGGGUCUCAGCCUCCUCUCCAUGUGUUACACUGAAGCAUGGCACAGGCUCUUGUGACAGCCAGGAGGCUGGAUUGGGAAGAGGGGCCCAAGGCCCAAAAGCUGGACCAUGUCUCCUGGUCUGCUGUGUGAUCUUGGGCUGGUGAUACAACCCUUCCGUGCUUGGACAUGGCAUUCAGGAGGCUUGUGCAGAUGCCUGGGACUUGGACCUUGCCAGGGAAGGAACUUCACUGCGGACGGGAAUGGGGAGGGAGUAACUAAUGCAGUAGCCUCAGGCGACACUAGGAGAAGGUGCACAUAAGCUCAUGUUGCAAAGUGAAUGCACGUCUCAGAGGCCUGCCCAGGGGCACCUGAGUGCCUGCCUGCUGAGGCCUGAGCCAGCAGGUAGGGAACGAAGGAUGCCACAGAAGUGCCUGUGUCAGAAUCGAAGAUGGGGUGCACUAGGGAGGGACUUCCCAACUCCCUCCCCCUGGGGGACUCCUUCUCUUAAUAGCUGUUGUGCCCUUCCGGGCCUAGCCCUGGCCCACUAUUUCUGCACUAAACCUCACUUCAAAUCUC